AACCAAUUCCUCGUAUCAUUCAGUCCUCAUCCUGAUAUCUGAGCAUUUCAGAAAUCUGAGAACAUGAACGGAGCAAAAGCGACACCUACCGUCGCCGACUUGGCCGCGAUGACGACCGAGGAGCGCAUGGCAGGCAUGGAACAUUCUGAAGUUCGCUACUUUACAAGCUACGAUCACCAUGGCAUUCACGAGGAGAUGCUGAAAGAUGAAGUCCGUACUCGAUCCUACCGCGAUGCCAUCUACCAAAAUUCCCACAUCUUCAAAGACAAGGUUGUCCUCGACGUGGGCUGUGGAACAGGCAUCCUGAGCAUGUUCGCUGCGAGAGCGGGAGCAAAACAUGUAAUCGGCGUCGACAUGUCCAGCAUCAUCAACAAAGCCAAAGAGAUUGUCGAAGUCAACGGGCUGUCGAAAAAGAUCACUCUACUACAAGGCAAGAUGGAAGAGGUGGAAAUGCCCACGCAACACCUGAAUGGUGGAAAAGUCGACAUUAUAAUAUCAGAAUGGAUGGGCUACUUUUUGCUCUACGAGAGCAUGCUUGACACUGUCUUGUAUGCUCGGGACAAGUACCUGGUUCAAGGGGGCAAGAUCUUCCCAGACAAAGCCACCAUCUACAUGGCCGCUAUCGAGGAUGGCGAGUACAAGGAUGAUAAGAUUGGAUUCUGGGAUAACAUCUACGGAUUCGAUUACAAACCCAUGAAAGAUAGCGCAUUGAGCGAGCCGCUCGUCGAUACGGUAGAAAUGAAGGCCCUUGUCACCGACCCUUGCCCUGUCUUCACCAUCGACCUCAACACAGUCACAACAGCACAACUAGCAUUCUCCGAACCAUUCCAAUUGCGAUGCCAACGAAAUGACUUCAUCCAUGCACUGAUCGCGUGGUUCGAUAUCGACUUCACCGCAUGCCACAAGCCCAUCCGAUUUUCCACCGGCCCUCACACGAAAUACACCCACUGGAAGCAAACAGUCUUUUACCUCCGAGAGGUACUUAGGGUUGAGGAAGGCGAAACGGUGACUGGGUUCCUGUCCAGCAAGCCCAACAAUAAGAACAAGCGAGACCUGGACAUCAAGAUCGAUUACGAGCUCGACACGACGGACGGGAUGCGGUUUGCUCGAGGUUCUUGCGAUUACAAGAUGUAAGACUCGCUUACCCUGCUUUCAGGCUGUAUGCUCACCUCUUCUAGGUGCUGAUCUCAGAUUUUCCCCUUGUCUUAUUCUCUGCAUAGCACUGGGCGUGGUCAUGAUCGCAUGCACGGGUUGGUUGGCGUGGUAGAAAAAGGAGCAUACUGCGAUGGUUUUAAUGACUGAAAUGAUCUUCGAGACGAUUUCAAGCUCCUCGUUAUUUGACCUAGAUACCCCACGAGUUGAAGCUGAAUUUUGAUGGCUGAUCGUCACGGAUGUUUCAACACUCCUCAAUCCUCAACCUUUCUCAUUUCAUAUCAUUCCAUGAGUGAUUGUCAAUUGCGCCAUAGUUAUGGAGACAUGGGUGGGAUAGAUGGCUCACCCGAAAGAGCCUAUCCAAUAAUGAGAGUCCAUCUCUUCGCCGGUCA